CGUUAAUCCUACCAGGCUGUGAAACAUUUUGACAUGAAAUUAUUUGAAAUAUUGCCUCUGCUGAUGCAAACCCAGUGCCGUUUUACGAAGAGAAUGUAAAUAUUCUCAUUGUCACAGAUUUGGGGGCUUUACACGAAUGUGGAGCGCAUUUUACGUGCGGAACCUGACGUACCUAACGUUUCGAAAGCGCAGUAGGCUACGUGUUUUCGUCAAUGAUUGGUCAACAGCGAGACAGCCCGCCCCUGUUCCGAUUGUAUAUAACAUCGAAACUUCUCACCAACGCUUCGCCUUGCUAAAGUAAAAUGUAGUAGAUUUGCGUUCAGUUUUAAUUUUGAAGGACGUCGUUUCCUACCAUAUACGUCGUUGAUAAAUUGGAUUAAAAGCAUUAAUGUGAAUUAGCAAAAUGUUCCCUGGGAGUAAAGUUUUAAACGACAAAGGCUUUUGGCCAUGCAUUGGAAUAACAGCUCUUAACGUCAACAGCAGCUCGGGCGGGCUUGGUCGCAAGCCACUGGUAAUGCCAGAACUGAAACCCCAGAACCAGUUUACAGGGAACGGACUCCAGGGCUCGGUACCAUCCUCGCCUGAGCCGGAUUGCGAGGAAGUACAAGAUGAAUACACGUCCAUCUAUGACGCUCUGGAAAUGGACACACGAGAGAUUAUUGACAUUUUCUUAAAAAACUUUACUGGAUUCCCUCAUUCUAAAAGUGGGAAUAAACAGGUUCUGGCAACGAUGAAUCGGGUUGUGGAAAGUCUUGUGGUGAAGCACGAACUGGCUUACAAAGGUAUGAUUGCACGUCUGAAUCUGGAGCAGAAAGGAGAAGAUGUGAGUUUCGUCAAGACUGUUGCAACAGAACUCUUCAGCGAUGGCAUCACAAACUGGGGUCGCAUUGCCAGCCUGCUUACUCUUGGGGCAAUGGUAUGCAAGCAUCAGAAUGAUAAAGGACUUAGCAAGUGUGCGAGUCUGGUGGGGAAAGAGAUCUCUUCCUAUCUUCUCAUAACCCAGCGGGACUGGCUGCUCAAAAACAAUGCAUGGGAUGGCUUUGUGGAAUUUUUUCAUGUCCCAAAUACAGAAGCGGCUGUGAGAAACACAUUGAUGGCCAUUGGUAGUGUGGCUACAUUCGGAGCUGCACUUGCUUAUUUGAUACGGUGAAUCCAAAUGGACUUUGUGACAGAUAUUGAAAGACAAAAAUAAUCUACGUGAAAAAUUUUUUAAGUGUAUAAGAGAAAUCAGGUUGUUGUUUUUUUGGAUGUCAAGUGUGUAUAAAAACUGGUUCAAAGUGAUCUUUUGAGAAAUUGAAAACUAUUUUUUUAUUAAAAAGUGAAAUUGAAAAA